AUGGCGACACCAGCCUCUAUCGCAGACCGCCCCAAGCGAGAGCUCAAGGUGCUCUCACUAGGAAUGACACGUACUGGGUCGGCUUCAAUAACUCAAGCUCUCGAAAUAUUGGGAUAUCAAGGCGUGCACCACGGUAUAAAAGGUCUCAGCUCGCCGCUCGAGUGGGAGCUCUUCAGCAAGGCCUGCGAUGCCUUCUUUCCUGUGCUCCCAACCUACACGGGCGAGCCCUUCACACGCGCCGACUUCGACGCAGUCUUCGGUCCUUAUGAGGCCGUCACCGAUAUGGGCUCUUUCUUCGCGAAACAGUUGAUAAACGCAUACCCCGAGGCGAAGAUUAUCUUGGUGGAGCGCGACGUGGAUGAGUGGUACGAGAGCAUGGAGGAGGCCAUCUUUAGCACAACGUGGGGACUGCGUGCAGAUCUCGUGAUCGAUGUGCUGGGGCCGCUUUACGGGCUCACUGGCGGGAAGACGAUUCGCAAGAUCAUGCUGGGUUAUUACGGCGUGCGGAACGUGAACGAGAUGCGGCGGGUUGCCAAGGAUCGGUACAGGCAACACUAUGCUGAGAUUCGGGCGGCGGUGCCAGAGGAGCGCUUGCUCAACUUUCACUUGGAGGAUGGCUGGAAGCCUUUAUGUGAGUUUCUAGGUAAAGAAGUACCUGAAGUACCGUUUCCUGUCAAGAAUAAGAGGGGGGAGCACCUGCAGCGGGUGAGGCAGAAGCAGAAUAUGUUCUUCAAGCAUGUUGCAGGGAAUUUUGCCAAGAAAUCGAUACCUUACGCCCUGGGUGCUGGAAUCGUGGGCUUGGCUAUAUGGAGAAGCAAAUCCCGUUCGCAAUGGGCCGCGACGUUGAGCAUUCUCAGGCAGACGUUGGCAUAG